CAGUGAAAAGGAGAAAGAAGAAAAAAGAAGAAGGAAGAGAAGUUAAUGGAUGAAGGUAGACAGAAAGCCUCUCCACCCGAAGGAAGAGGAAAGGGGGAGGUUAAUGAGAAUGAAAGUGUAAACGAGGAAGUAGCUGAAAACAAGAGUAAAGAUGGGGAUAAAAGAGAAGGAAAAGUGUGCAGCAAAAUGAAUUAUGAAGAUGAGAACAAACCAAGGGACCAAAGCGAAAACGAAGACGACAAAGAUGAUCUCGAUGAUAGAUACGAUAACGAAAGAAGCGACAGCUCUGAUGGAGGACACAGAAGAAACACAAAACAAAAACAAGAUGACAUGACAAAGAGAAAAGUAGAAGACAAGGCAGAGGAGGAGACGAGGAAGAAAGGAGACAGAGCAAAGCAAACACAUGAAAACAAACGGCAAGUAGAUGUAGAAGAUCAAGAAGAAAUGAGAAAGAAAGAAGCCCUGAAAAAGCAAGAAUUUCAAAGGAGUCGCAAGGAAAUGACGAAUCAAGAAGGAAAGACACUGUUAGAAGCUAAGCAGAAAAUACAAGUAAACGAGAUGGACAAGGGAAACUGGCGUAAAAUUACGAAUGAACAAGAAAUAAGCACUCAGACCGAAGAAGAAAAGGAAACACAGGAAGGAAAAGGAAAUUUGAACAUGGAAGCUCGAGAUGAGGACGAGGACCAGGAACAGGCCGCGAGUAUUAGAUCAGGAAAUAGGGGCAAGGAGUCCCAAGAUGAAGACGAAGGUCGGUAUCAAGACAGGAAUAUUCGAACAGGAAGCAGACAAAGGGAGUCCCAAGAUGAAGAAGACGAAGGUCGGUAUCAAGACAGGAAUAUUCGAACGGGAAGCAGGCAAAGGGAGUCCCAAGAUGAAGACGAAGGUCGGUAUCAAGACAGAAAUAUUCGAACAGGAAGCAGGCAAAGGGAGUCCCAAGAUGAAGACGAAGGUCGGUAUCAAGACAGGAAUAUUCGAACGGAAGCAGGCAAAGGAGUCCCAGACGAAGAUGAAGACGAAGGUCGUAUCAGGAUAUUCGAACGGGAGCAGCAAAGGGAGUCCCAAGGAUGA